AUGUCGUCAACCACGAUGAAGCUAUCGAUGGUCCUCGUCGUGGCUGUUGGUCUUAUGAGUAAUACCAUAGAAGCUGCAGCUACGUUCUGCCCCUCAACCUACCAACCAACUAGCUAUGCACCCAUCUCCGUCGAGUGCCCAACAGACGUGCAAUGGAUCCGUCCCCCCACUAGGCUCAAUCCAAAGGAAGCCGAGUGGGUAAGAGGUCGUAAGCGCGUCGUUGCAGACGCUCUCGAUACCUACCUUGAACGCCUCUGUCUCGAGGAUUUCGAUAACUCAAGGUACAUCCGAGCCCUUCGCCGCUCAGACUACGCCCACGUCCCAACCCUGGGCCUUGCCAUCAGCGGCGGCGGUUACAGAUCCGGGUACACAGGCACCGGUGCCAUCCGCGCAUUAGACUCUCGCCUAGAAGCAGCCAACGAGCAGCGUGUCGGCGGGCUUCUCCAGAGCCUGACGUACCUGAGCGGCCUCUCUGGGGGAUCAUGGCCCGUCGUUUCGCUCCCCUCGCACAACUUCCCCACAGUGGACGAGAUCGUGCAGAUCUGGCUUUCGCAACCUGAUGGUAGUUCGAAUUCCAGCUCUCCUGGAAGCCCCGAGUCGAUUUUUGAAGAUAUAGCUGCGAAGCUGAAAGCCGGGUUUAAUGUAUCCGCUUCAGAUUACUUGGGUCGUAAUUCUGCGUAUGAGUUCCUGUCUGGGCCGCAUGGAGGGGUUAAUAAUACUUGGUCGGGCAUUGCAAGGUUGAGCAAUUUUGUCAAGCAUCAGAUGCCGCUGCCGAUUCUGCAGGCGAGUGAGUUGACUGACGAUGAUAAGGAGUAUUUUGGGCUGAAAGUUCCUUAUUAUAAUGCCACUUCGUAUGAGAUGACCCCGUUUGAGAUUGGAUCGUGGACAAAGGGAUUUACUCCCACUGAGUGGAUGGGGACGAGACUUGAUGAUGGUGUCCCGGUGAACGGCAGCAUAUGUACUCUCGGGUUCGACAGCUCAAGUUUGAUGAUGGGAACCGCGACCUCAGCAGUAAACUUCUGGAUAAUCGAGAAUGAUUCGAACGGCGUUCUUGCCCCGUUUCCCAAACGGUCAAUCAACGGCCAUAAAAGGAGCACGCCGCUCUCUCUAAGAGACCUCUCCCUAUUCCCCAAUGCAACCCUCAAUGGGCUCCUCGAAGGCUUCAAAAGCAUCUUCGGCUUAUCCGCCGCCCAAGUUGACCACGCCAUCUGGCCCAACCCAUUCGCCUCCUCAUCCUCCGGCAUCCCCCGCGACCUCAGCCUCGUCGACAGCUCCGAAGCAGGACAAGUCGUCCCUCUCUGGUCACAGAUCCAACCUGUGCGCGCUUCCUCGUUUAUCAUCGCCUGGGAUGACAAUCCGGACGCAGAGCCCUAUGCGUGGCUGAACGGCACAAGCAUACAUAACACGUACCUUGCGGCAAAGGCCUCAGGCCUACCAUUCCCCAUUGUUCCCCCGCCCCGCACUAUGCUAAACAAGAACUUCACUCUGCGGCCAACAUUCUUUGGAUGUAACGCCAAUUUAACAACCACCGGAACCACUCAAUCGCCUAUUGUGUUAUAUAUGGCCAACGCGCCCUAUAGUGCAUAUACGAACUACACAUGGACGCAAUCCAUAUUCUCUAACGCUCAGAUGUACGAGAUCUUUGACAACUCCUUUAAUGCGUUCACGCAGGGCAACGGGACACUGGACCAUGAAUGGCCGGCGUGUCUAGGCUGCGCAGUGGUGGAGAGGAGUCUAGAGAAGUUGGGUAUGAGGCGGACGAAGCAAUGCGAGAGGUGCUUCAAGAAACACUGCUGGGAUGGGACGUAUGAUGAGAGGGAGCCGGGGAUCUUGGACCCGGGUUUGCCGCUGGCUCCUGGGCUGAGCUUUGCGGAAUGGAAUGCCACGAUCUGGAAUUGA